CACCCCCCCUUACACAUUCUCUCUCCCUCUCUCUCUCUCUCAGUCCCAGCCCCUGAAGGUGUCAUAACUGUGCUCUCUCCCUCUCGCUCUCUAUCACCGCCUUUCAGAUCUUUAAAAGCCGCUGCUUGCCGUUUCUCACUCGUUCUCGGUUUGUAUCCUCUGGCACUGCAGGGGACUCCCAGCUCGCAGCCUCACCAAGCUGAAAACCGAGCAAAGAACCAGAGAGGGGAAAGAGAAACAGACUUCCAGAAAUAGCAUCAGCCACGUACGACAGAACCGUGCAUGGAGAACCUGAGACCCGGACGCAAGAUGUCUUUCCUUUCCAACUUAACGCCCGUUGUCCUGUUGCUGAUCAUCUACAGUGGAUCCUGGUCUUUGGCGGGUCGCUUGGGCCCCCACAAAAAUUGCCUGACCUGUAAAGACGGGCACCCCUCGGGCAUGGGCCGGGCCUCCAGGGACCCGGCUGGGGCGCCCAGCACCACCGUGUUGGCGUCGGGGCAGCCCUGUGGGGUUUACACCCUGAGCUGCGCCAAGGGGCUUCGCUGCGUACCCCCUCCACGUGAACACAGCCCCCUUCAGGCUCUGCUGCAAGGCAGAGGCUCCUGCGCCAAACAGAGCGGAACCAGUCCCACCGAGAGGCCCCGCCCCACAGGGCCACAUCCUUCAAAUAGUGGUGAAAUAGACAAGGCUCCAUGUCGCAAGCUGCUCAACACUGUCCUGCGAGGUCUCGAACUCACCAUUUUCCAGUCCGAUCGUGACAUCUACAUCCCAAACUGUGACACUCGUGGGUUCUACAGGAAAAAGCAGUGUCGGUCUUCUAAGGGCAUGCAGCGCGGCCACUGCUGGUGCGUCAAUGAGAUGGGCAACACCGUGCCAUCACGUGCCGGGGAGGAUGGCAUUUUACCAUGUGAUGGAGAGUGAGGGGAGCGUCGGCCCCACAGCUCUGAGCCUGGAGGAAGAGGAGGGGUACAGGGAGAGGGGAUGACUUCAGCUCGGUGCAAGACACUGCCUGACCAGGACACUCCAGGGAUAAACCACUUCACAUGGAAACGGGCCCUCACUCAGAACGUCCAGACCACGUUCACUGCCAUAAACUCGAAUAAACACCAUCAGAACACAGAAAUAAUGACCACUACACCACAUGAGCUUAAGUUGGGAUAGGUCAGCUGUUACAGAGAGAUAUUUAAUUCCUGGCCACAACUCCUAUGUUUGUUUCUCAUAGGCUGUUUAACUAUUAAGCAGAUGGGGUGACGUCCCCUCUCCCCUUCUCCAAUGAUACACUGACAAAACUAUAGAUAUGAAAACAGAAUAUACCUUUGCGUCUAAAUUUCCUUGAAUCUUUUCCUCGAAGACUUGCAUACUUUUGAAUCGUACACAUUGUCAUGUAAACGACAUCUAAACGCUACCAUAAUGUGCACAUUUGGGAAAUACUCCUUUUUCGUUCAUACGACACUGACCGCAAACACACGUCGUGGAUUAUUUGUACAUAAGUGAGGUUAUCGUGGUUGGUUGUGUCAUGAGGUGGAAUAUUCAGCUGAUGGCUGUUACCUUUUUCGAGAAGUUGU